CGAGGGGAGCGCCAGGGGCAGCGCCUCGUCCCGCCCGCCGCGCAGGAGCCGGGGCCGCCCCCGCGGGCAGCAGCGCCCCCGGCGCGGGUGGGAGGAGCGCGGAGGAACAGCGGCGGCCGCGGGGAGCGGAGGAAAGUUGGUGCGAGCGGCGGCGGGGCCGCCCGGGAGCGGGACUGCAGGCGAGCCGCCGCCUCGGCUCGGCCCGGCCGCCGCGGAUGUGCCCCCGGCGGGCCGGGAAGGACGGAGCGGAGCGCUGGCGGCGGAGAUCGGGCGGCUGGCUGCGCUUCACCCUCGCCGGGCUGCUGCACUCGGAGGAUUUGUGGAUUGACUUUCGCUCCUGACCCACCACCUCGGCCGGAUUCCUGGGGUUUUGUUGCUGGAUUUUGUUGUUGUUUUUUUUUUUCUCCAUUUUUGAUUUUUUUUAUUUUUCUGUCCCCUUUCAUCGGGGAAGGAACUGUCCGCCGGCCCCGCUCGGGUUCCCCGCUGCAGUCGUGGCAGUGCCGUGGAGGCUGGGACACCCCCGCAAGCCAAGAGACCUUAAAGAAGUCCAAAAAGAGUGUGAGGUCAAACGGCAAGGUGCCAGGAUGCUAUGAGAUAGUGCCCCUGUCCCUGAAGAAGAAGAUGGCUGCAGAACUUUACCCUGCCAGCACCAACACUAACAUUGCAAACAGCAACGCCGCCGCCGCCGCCACCGCUGCCAACAGCAAGAAGAACGCCCUGCAGCUCCAGCAGAGCGCCCAGCCGCCCCCGCCGCCCCAGCUCCAAAACCUCAACAACAACAACUUGGAGAGCGCCAACUGGCAAUCCUUCCAUCCCACGCUGCGGGAGAGGAACGCGCUGAUGUUCAAUAACGAACUCAUGGCUGACGUUCACUUCAUCGUGGGCCCGCCAGGGGCAUCCAAGAAAGUUCCUGCCCAUAAGUAUGUUUUGGCAGUUGGUAGCUCUGUCUUCUAUGCUAUGUUUUAUGGCGAUCUCGCAGAGGUCAAAUCUGAAAUCCAUAUACCAGAUGUGGAACCUGCAGCCUUUCUAAUCCUAUUAAAAUACAUGUAUAGUGAUGAAAUAGACCUGGAAGCUGACACAGUUCUGGCUACACUGUAUGCUGCCAAGAAGUACAUCGUGCCGGCCCUAGCAAAGGCUUGCGUCAAUUUUUUGGAGACCAGCUUAGAAGCGAAGAACGCUUGUGUCCUGCUGUCUCAGAGCAGGCUCUUCGAGGAGCCAGAGCUGACGCAGCGCUGCUGGGAAGUGAUUGAUGCUCAGGCAGAAAUGGCACUGAAGUCAGAGGGCUUCUGUGAGAUAGAUCAACAAACACUAGAGAUCAUUGUAACCCGGGAGGCACUCAACACCAAGGAAGUGGUAGUUUUCGAGGCUGUUCUCAACUGGGCAGAGGCUGAAUGCAAAAGGCAAGGGCUGCCCGUUACGCCACGCAACAAGAGGAAUGUAUUAGGGAAAGCUUUGUACUUGGUGCGGAUUCCAACCAUGACUUUGGAAGAGUUUGCCAACGGAGCUGCCCAGUCCGACAUCCUCACCCUUGAGGAAACUCACAACAUAUUCCUAUGGUACACGGCCGCAAACAAACCCAAAUUAGAGUUUCCACUGACAAAGAGAAAAGGACUCGUGCCUCAGCGAUGCCAUCGGUUCCAGUCGUCUGCGUAUCGCAGCAAUCAGUGGAGGUACCGAGGGCGAUGUGACAGUAUUCAGUUUGCCGUAGACAAACGGAUAUUUAUAGCAGGACUGGGAUUGUAUGGGUCGAGCUGUGGCAAAGCUGAGUACAGCGUCAAAAUCGAACUGAAGCGCUUAGGUGUUGUCCUUGCUCAAAAUCUGACAAAGUUUACCUCUGACGGCUCCAGCAACACCUUCUCUGUGUGGUUUGAACACCCUGUGCAGGUUGAGCAAGACACAUUUUACAAUGUAAGUGCUAUUCUUGACGGUAACGAACUCAGUUACUUUGGACAAGAGGGAAUGACUGAAGUGCAAUGCGGGAAAGUGACGUUCCAGUUCCAGUGCUCCUCGGACAGUACUAAUGGAACCGGAGUACAAGGAGGACAAAUACCUGAGCUCAUUUUCUAUGCAUGAUGCAUUUCACCUUGAUUGUAUUCCAAUGCUGCAAUGAUGCACAUUAAGGGAUUUUUCUGUUUCUAUGAACUCUGCAGCAGUAUGGAAUGUUGCGCUACUUACCUAUCUGCUACAUCAGGCUAUACAAAUAAGUGAAGGAAUGCUCUUGAAUUUAAUCUUAUUUUAUUUAUUCAUAAGCUAUUUGACUUAAUUAUUAAGACUGCAACAAGCAGAAAAAUGUUAAAUUUUGCACGUACUGUGCAUUUAUUUUGUAUAUAGAUAACUAACUUGCUGACUUAAACAGAAUGUUCUAAACUAGAGCAGUUUAAGAAUCUGUGAAAUAUAAAACAUUUUUACUUGCCCUAAA